AUGGACGAUCUUUGCUACGAAUGGUGCGAAGGUCAAGGGUUGGAUGAGGCGUGUCUGAUAAAACUGCUCGAGCUGGACGUUGACACGAGGCAAACUGUCAUCAAUGGCUUCGAGCCCAAGCCUGGAACGAAAAAUGUUUCCGGACUUUUUAUGGGCUACGUGCGCUCCAUUCAGCAAGCAGCGGCGGGAGCGCCGGCAGCGCUGGCAGCGCCAGCGCAGAUGCAAUGGAAGGGCAUUCCCAGAGGCAUCUCCAAAGGCAUCCCGAAGGGCACGAAGGGCCGUGGCAAAGAAGCAAAAUCGCUGGCCAUGCCGACUAUGCCGGCCAUGCCGGCCAUGCCAAGCAUUGCCCAGAAUGCUGCAGCACAGUUGCAAGAAGAGGCCAUCAAGUUCGCGGAGUCCUGGGGCCUGGAUGACGACUGCAUCGCGCAGCUUCUGGCGCAGCCACCGCAGGCUCGUGGGCCUGCACUGCCUGCUUGGCCUGCGACCCGAGAGUUGCCGUCCGGAAUGAUUCUCUCCUGA